CAUCAUCCGGGAGCGGCGCAGCGGGCGGGCUUCCCCUUUCCUCCCUCGCCCUCCGGCCGCCAGCCAGCGCACGACGCCAUGGCUCCCGCCGCCGACCGGGCCGGAUACUGGGGCCCGCCGACCGGCACCCUGGAGUGGUGCGAGGAGAAUUACGCCGUCUCCUAUUACGUCGCCGAGUUCUGGAACACGGUUAGCAACUUGAUUUUCAUUCUACCUACAAUCUACGGUGCAAUUCACAGUUAUAACGCUGGCCUUGAAAAACGGUACGUCGCCGCUUAUUUGUGCCUGACAGCUGUGGGUCUGGGAUCGUGGUGCUUCCACAUGACCCUGAAGUAUGAAAUGCAGCUGUUGGAUGAGCUGCCCAUGAUAUACAGUUGUUGCAUGCUUAUGUACUGCCUAUUCGAGUGUUUCAAAUACAAGAACACCAUCAACUAUCCAUUCCUGUUUCUAUUAGUAAUCUACAGCAUUAGUGUCACCAUAAUUUAUGUUAGUUUGAAAAAACCACUGUUUCAUCAGGUUAUGUACGGGACGCUGGUGACGAUCUUGAUACUACGAUCUGUAUAUAUAGUGCUGUGGGUAUACCCCUGGCUCAGGGGCUUGGGAUAUACGUCCCUGGCAAUCUUUUUAAUGGGGUUGUUUUUUUGGAUCUUGGACAUCGUUUUCUGCAACAAGCUGAGAGCGUUGCGCACACAGCUGCCUCCAACGGUGGGCGCCCUGACGCAGUUCCACGCUUGGUGGCACAUCUUCACGGGCCUUGGUUCCUACCUUCAUCUCUUGUUCAGCAUAUACUCAAGGACGCUGUUCCUGAAAUACCGGCCAAAGGUGAAGUUUGUCUUUGGAAUUUGGCCAGUUCUUUUAGUGGAGUCUCCCAGGAAGCAGUGACACGUCUCCAUUUUGGCCAGAAGUCCAUUUGCCUAGGAUGCAUCCGGAAGUUGCGUAAUGUUUUCAACAGACCUGUUCUUGGAGCCAUAAAGAAGCCUUUUUCUUUCCUCUGUUUCUGGAACCACAGAGGAACGUGCGGAGCCAAAAGCCCACAUCUGGGAAAUCAUGAUGGGGGGGGGGGGGUGUUGUUGUCGUUGCAAGGCGUAGAAACUAAAAUCUGAGGGUAAUAUUUUUUGUGUCUAUGUUGUAUGGCUGACGAUGCUGGGCUAAUGUGUGCCGCUGGCCUCAGAAAACAGACACCUUUUAAUUCGGAAGCGGGUUGCUGAGGUCCUCAGUUGGCGGGUCAGAGUUUCCAACUGCGGUUGAAACUAACAUUCUUCACUGAAUCGUGAAAAAGGGUAUAGUCCGGCGAGUGCCGACCAUCCAAUUUGGUUUAUAGAGAGACGUGGGUUUUUUCAAGGUGCUUUCGGUGUGUUUGCGGGUGGACAGUUUGCAACUUGGUCCUUUGUUCUGCUUCAUGCGUGAAUCUACCUUUAGCAACUUGGCACGGGUGAAGGGGAUCUAGGGGGCAGAUUAGCUAGUCACUGGACUGUGGUUCUUGUUUUUGCUCAGAAUGUUGCUUGAUAACGGGGCUGUUCUCUUUUAGUCUUCCCAAGCAGAACAAGUUGGUGUGACGUCCCUUGAACUUUUAAAAAUGUUUUUGUUCUAAGAGAGUCCUUAACUGGAAGGCACUUGUCCAGGGCUUACUGUGCAGUGCUCAUCCACAAAAACAUGAUUUUAUCUUCUGGAUCAGAUCAAGGAUUUACCUAAUCCAGCACUCUUUUUUUCCCAUGCUUCCCUACCAUACAUCACUCUCCCUGCCUGCGAAAGAUGACAGGUAGGGCAGGAAGGGUCCAUUAAUGGUCUGAGCAGUGACAGAGCUCUCCUUCCCGGAAUUUGUCUAAUCCCCUGUAAAGGCACCUUUGCUCAUGGCAUAAGUGGGCCAUCCAUCCAAGCCAGUUACUUGAGGGAUGCCCAUUGGAGGGAAAUGACCUGGGUUCCUUUUUGAAGCUUCACGGAGGAAGGCACCUCUUUGAUCUCACUGCGCUUGGGACUACAGAAUAUCUUAGGCCAGCAGCUUUGAAGCAGGACCAGCGGUUUGGGAAAGAGCCACAGCUGCCCCCUCUGGAACUCCCAAAGUAAUGAACCGACCUUUGCCGCGUCAUGGAGAUUUCUCCAGUUAAAAGUGACCGUGUGAAUCAGCCUGCAGUCGCGGCCUAAGAAUCCCCCCUUUCCAAAAACGGUUGUUUCUAGCUAUAUUUUAUUUUAGUCAUUCAAGAGAUAAUAUUUAUCUACAUUACUGCUUAUUAUCUCCAAACUCAUAAGGGCUAGAGACUUCCUUUCAAAAAAAAAAGGUCAAGUUACGCACCAGAUUGUGUGCAUUUGAGGAACACCAUAAGAUAACUGAGAGCUUAAAUUACAUGAGACGAAUUACAGGCGGGCGCUCAAGUGAGGGGAGACACCAUGUUAGCUGGGAAGCGUAAUUUGAAUUUCACCUCUCUACAGAGCCGGCAAAGAUCACUCCUUGGAGUAUUAAUAAUUGACGGAGCCUUCAGGGAGGCAAAAAGGAAAUUAACAAACCCUCUGAGGAGCGAUCUUUGCCGGCUCUGUAGAGAGAGGUGAAAUUCAAACUACACUUCCCAGCUAACAUUGCAUCACCCUUCACUUGAGCGUCUCCUGUAAAUCGUCUCAUGUAGUUUAGCUCUAAGAGAUACGUUCUUGUAUGACUGUUGAAAGAGGGAACUCCUUGCCUGCUCUAACAUUUGUCUGUUUUGGAUUUUGGUUUUGGUUUUUGUACCAGUUGGAAAGAGCCAGAAUUCUGCCUUGCCUGCCAUCCCCUGCUUCUGAUCUAAUUUUCUAACAUGUUUACUUAUUCAGGGAAUGAAGUGAGUCAUCAGUUCCUGCCUGCCAUCUGCAUCUCUUUCUUACCACAAUCAGUGAUGUUUUAAAGUGUAGAUACCAUGGUUAUCUUUGGCACGCAGAGGCAGGGUUAGCCCGAUUGCAGAAGUAGUCCUUAUGGUUUCUUGGUCCUUCAGGGUCCUGCAGUGAAACAGUUUGUGAUCUGGAAGCACAUCUGUGUUCUUUCUGAUUGUGGGACACUGCCAGGUGCAGUGGCAGAGAGUUCCCUGGGCCAACCAGUUUGGGUGCAAUUUGUAAUUCCGUAGCAUGGAAUGUAUAAUCCCUUGUGAAAUUGCUCACACUGGUCUGGAAGGCCGUUACGUGUGUCACUGAAAUAGUUUCCUUCUGGAGCAAGGAAUCUCACGGUACCUAUCCUGAAUUCGUAAGUCCCAAAUAGUAUGUCAGGGUCCGCAUGGCACAAGAGAACUGCCGGUUUGAAAUAAAUAAUUGAAGUCGCCUUCGAUGUAUGCUGCCCGUCGCAUCUCUGCAUGAUGCAGCGCUCAGCCUUGUCUCCCUCUAGUUAGCCUUUGUGUGGAGUCUGCCCAGCCUUCACACCAGUGAUCCCAGUUGUUCCAGAUUGUGCUUGAGACAGAGGUGGGAGGCUGCCUGUUGUUCACUUGCAUGAGUGCUUGCUCUCACCGAUUUCCAGUUCAGAGGCACAUCCAAAGUAAAAGCAAGAAGUUGGCAGACGUACAGUGACACCCUCAGCAGAGUUACUCCAGUCUAAGCCGAUUGAAAUCAGUGAGCUAUGACUGGAGUAACUCUGCUUAGGAUUUCACUGUAAGUCUUCAUUUGAAUUUGGCCAGAAAGUGAGUUUCUGUUUAUUCAGGCUUAGCAGUGCUGUACAAUCUUGAUUCCAUUGUACAGUGCCAGGAGCUUUGACAGUAGUUCUUCUCGGAUUCGAUGUGUUGCUGCUGGAAAGUGCUGUGCGUUUGUUAUUCAGCAACCUCGUUUUUUUCCUACUUUUAAGAGCAAGUCUUGGGGUGGAAUGGGUUCCGUUUUCUUUCCUGUUCAGGGGUCAUCAGCCCUGCUUAAACUGCCCUCUUCUCUCCCACAGGAAAUGUAGUAAAACCCUCUCUGCUUCCAGUAUGGCACACUGCCCUUUCUUAGACCUCAACCGUUGCACCAGCAUAGAAGCUUUCUGGCAAUUUUUGAUAUCUGAAGGAUACGCUUUCAGGAAGAAGAGCAGGCGGCAGUCCAAUCCCGCCUUACCCCAGGCUAUUCCGGUGACAUUGCAUGGAAGAGUUUGAUCUUUAAAGAGCAAUGUUGCUUCCUCCCAGCCAACCUGGUUGUAGGUUAUAGAUCAUUGACUUGGUGUGGGAUUCACCGCGAGUAGACACCUCAGCAGCCGCCAGCCAGUGUCGUGCUUCUGCAGUGUAACAAUGUCUUUGCUCUUCACAGCCAGUUUUACUCAGUGUUAUUUUACAAAGCUGCAGCAACGGGGGGAGGAAGGCGGCGGGGAGAAUGUGCUUAGUAAGCGCCGUGUCCCUCUGCCGCGUUGGUAAUUUACUCUGAAUUACUUUGUGCGGCAAAUCAUAUUCAUCCUUGAAACUUUUUUUUUUAAUAAACUUUUUAUUAACUUUAAAAACAACAUACAAUGCGUAAACAGGAAAACAAAUUACACAAUGUUAAAGUCAACUAUAAUACAAGAAAAAACUGAUAGCUUAUAAUAUACUACCAGUUUUCAAAUAUAAUAUUAACAAAGGAAAAAGAAAAUUUGCUUAGAGGAUUGCAAUAUACCUAAACAGAUUCAUUCUUGAAACUUGAUGAAAUCCAGGUUGCCUUCACCUACAGCUUAAAGUCUGUUUCUACAAGCUGAUAAUAGUGCAUCUUUUAAAAAAAAAUUGCCAGUGGAGAAAAAUCUGGAAAAAUACCCGUUUUCUGAGGUCCAGACCUUCUUUGGAUUAGCCACCGUCUCCAGUUCUGUGCGUUAUAAUCUGAGUACCGACCAGCACAGCCGUACCUGUAACAGUUGAGAUUCAGAAGAGAAGCAGUGUCAGCCGAGCAAGAUUUGAGUCCAGUAGCACCUUAAAUACCAACAAGAUUUUCAGGGCAUAAGCUUUCAAGAGUCAAAGCUCCCUUUGUCAUGUUAAUCUAGAAAAACCAGUUCUGAGACACCUCCAAGGCUAGAGUUCAUGGCAGGAAAAGCUUUUUGUGGACAGGGAGACAUCUUUAUCUUCAAGGAUCUUCUUCUCUAGCUCCCUCACAGUUGCUCUUCCAUGUCUCAAUCUCCUUCUGAUUUCUUCAUUGCAGUCUCCCUUUUGGUUGAUGAUUGAGCCAAGGAAUAGGAAAUCUUGAACAAUUUCUAUUUCCUCAUUGUCAGCUUUAAAAUUGUGUAAUUCCUCAGUGGUCCUUAUUUUUGUCGUCUUGACGUUCAGCUGUAAUCCUGCUUUGGCGCUUUCUCCUUUAACCUUCAUCAGUAGUCGUUUCAAGUCUUCACUAUUUUCUGCCAGUAAUGUGGUGUCAUCUGCAUAUCUCAAAUUGUUAAUAAUUGCUUCCGCCAAGUUUCAUUCCACCUUCUUCUAGAUCGAAUCCAGCUUUCCUUAUGCUAUACUCUGCAUAAAGGUUGAACAGGUAGGGAGAUUAUAGUGUUGAAAAUAGUGUUGAGAAAAUGGUAGCCACUUACAGCUUCAGUUUCCCAAUGCGGAACAAACCUUUUAACUGCCUGAUCCUAUCCAUGUAUACCUGGAAGUAAACCCCACUGUUUCCAGUGGUGAUUAUACCCAGGUAAGUAUUAGAGGGUUACUCGCAAUUCUCCUGAAGUGGCUUUACCUAUCUGUUACUGCUGCUAUUCUAAAACUUCUCAUUCAGUCGUCCCACUGCAGGGCUUGUAAAUAUCCAGUCCUCUGAUUACCUGGGAUGGCUUAAAAUCACCUCUGGGUGAGUAGGCAGGGACGCCUUACAGAUUUGUGUCUUAUUGCGCAAAUUAUUGAAAUAGUGUUUCAGGCAGGUAACUCUUUGUUUGCAGAGCUGUGUAGCCUUAUCUGUUUUAUUGGGAAAGGGUGCGAGGGGGAGGGGGCGGUUCUGAAGUUUUGUACAUAGUGACAUGUAUCCAACUCUCUGCGGACUUUGCAGAGCAAAACUUUUCCUCUGUUUGCUGCACUCCACUUAAGUCCUUUGGCAUUUUGAUUUAGGGGAGGGGAGGGUCAGCAGACCCACCAGAGCAACACAGGAGGCACGUAAUAUAAUAGUAUGCCUAUAUACCACUCUUCUAAACAGAUGAGUGCCCACUUAGAGUGGUGAACAAAGUCAGUAUUAUUAUCCCUACAAUUCAGCUGGGGCUGAGAGGAGGGGCUUAGCCAAAGGAGGGGGAAAGCAGAAGAAAUUGCAAUCCCCUUUUAUGCAUAAAUGUGGAAAGAACUUUAUGGUUGGAUAUCUGCCAGUAUCUUCGAUGGGAAACUCUCUUUUUUUUUUAAGCAAAUAUAACAUGUCCCAUUCUUUGGCAAUAGCCCGAUGAGGUCACUAAUGCCGCUUUUAGUUUUUUUCUCAUUCUCACGCCUCAUCCUACAUGCUUGUGAGAAAGAUUCGAACAUCUGUGUGACUUUUGAUAAACGAUGAAUGUACAGCAAAUGAUUUGACGCAAAGACUGCGCAUCCUCGAAACUGAAUGUUGAACAGUAUUAAGCAGAGGCCUUCCUCUUUCAGUUGUAAGCAAAAUAAAAUCACGUUGUAAACGGACAAAACUGGGGGCUCCUUAUUUGAGAAUGUCUAAUGUAUCUUCCAAGAAAACCAAGCUAACAAGUUUGGAUCCUUUCUGCUAUGGGUGGCACUUCCCUCUGGUGCGAAGGCCCUUGCCUUGAAGCAAUGUGCCGUCGUUAGCAGAACUGAUCUGUGGAAUUGAAUCCUCCUUUGAAACUCAAAUGCUGCGACAUGUCCUAAUGGAGACAGAAGCGUCCAAACAUUUUGCUAGGUUUUUAGCAAAGGUGUUGCCGGAGAGGAGAGGCUGUGGGCGAAAGGUGUCAUGGAUAGACAUGGGGAAUCCACCGAGAAGGGCCGGGAGAUGUGUGGAGGGCAGAAAUUCUUCCGCAGGAAUUGUGUUUUCCCGAAAUAAUGAGCAGCAAUAAGGCAGUAAACUUGUUCUUGGCCGUUAUCACUUCAGGCAGCAGAUCUUUUGCACGGAGGAAGCGUUUCUUUCAGCAAGGAAGCAUUCCCCCCACCCCUUCUGAAGAGGUACAGUCCAGGGACAAGUGAACUAUCUGCUUUGCUGCUCGCGUGAACUAGACCCGGAGUCUGAGCUUUUGCCAGUCGCUGCCAACUUUGUCUUAAUGGGCUUGUAAGGAGCAUAACAUUGAAAUCCUAAGCAGAGUUACUCUAGUGUAAGGCCAUGGAUUUCAGCAGGAUUAGAUUGGAGUCGCUCUGCUUAGGAUUUCACAUUUUGGGACCGAGGGAUGCUUAAUUACCUUAGCAAUAGCCCUUUUUCAUAUGCGCUGCCAGUCUGUCUUUGGUACCUAAAUGUCCUGUUUGGGGGUUCCUCCUUUUGGUUUUGUUCACUCCCCCCCCACCCCAAAUCUCCUUAAUUUCCAUUUUGCUGAGUUGUACCACCAGUGGGAGGGCCAGUCCUGCACCCUCACAGCCAUUUUGCAUAGUCUGCCCCACCCCACCCCGCUCCAAUUUCUCCAUGGAAGGUCUUCUGAAAAAGUAUUGCUUUUCCUCUGCCAAACAAACGUGGAUUUCUCGGACUUAUUUAAUGCACUGAUAUAUUUGUUUUUAAUAUGUUUACUAUCUCAAAUGGAAGUGGAUCUAACUUGGCACAUGUUGCAUGGACUGUUCUGAAUAAAGUGACCAAAUGUCAUUCGAACUCCUUUUUAGUUGGUCUCAAGUCUUUUAUAAUGGGUUUCCUCUUAUGGUGGAAUUGACUGGGUCUGUAACAGCUAAUUGUAUUUCAGAAUCGUGCUAAAGAAGGUUUAAGCAUUUUUAUAUACUCUGUUGAAAUCUUUCUGUUGAACCUAUUGUCAACUAAUAAGCUUUACACACACACACACACACACACACAGGAUUUUUGUUUGCAAUAAAGCGGCUUUUUAAAGAUUUAAAUAUUGUAUUUAAUCAGUUUAAUGGCAUAAUGAUAACUUUAUAUCUGAUAAUUAUUAAAGGGUUUUUGGUUUUAAAAAAAGA